AUGGCCGUGGCAUUGUGCAGAGAUGAAAUGGAUCUUGAAAUCGAGGCUUUUGGGGAACUUGUCCACUUGACCGCUUCAGCGCCACGACGCGCAACUCGAAAAUGGGUGCAGGAAUCCGUCAAACCAGGCCAGACGCCCACCGAGAUUGCUGCCGGAGUCGAAGACAGCGGCCGAGCCCUCCUGGACAAGACCGGGCUGGAGCCCGGACGAGGCCUACAAUCCGGCCCUGCGUUUUCCACGGGACUGUCGCUCAACCACUGCGUGGCGCAUCACACGACGAAGCCGGGGCACAAGGACGUGGUGCCUCGGCACCGGGACGUCAUGAAGGUCGACUUUGGGGUCCGCGUAAACGGCUGGAUUGUCGACGGCGCGUUUACCAUGUCGUUUGACCCGACGUACGACAAGCUCCUGGCCGAGAGGGGCAAGACGUACCCCGUGAAGCCGACGGUCCCGUCUGCCAGGAACUCGGACCAGACCAAGAUGGACGAGGGCGACGUCUUUGCCAUCGAGACGUUUGGUAGCCCGGGACGUGGCUUCAUCCGCGACGGCGCAAGUCUGGCCCGGGCCAUGUCAUCGCCCCGGAGCGCGUCUCUGUCCCCCCCUGAGCUGGGCGACUAA